CGGAUCCUUGCGAAUAUGAAACACCCCGUUGGAAUGAAAACUAACUGAUGUCCAUCUACUAUUUUACUAGAUAGUCAGAAAGAGCGUGUCACAGCGAAGUCAACGCCACAACUAAACUUGAAAACAGAAUAACCAUGACCACUUCAGUGACGCGUACGCUGAUAAUGGUUGGGCUGAUAGCGCUCAUGGAGCCUAUCUCUGCCACCAUGCUCUUUCCCUUCGUAUACUUUAUGGUGAAGGACUUCGAUCCGAGCGACGUCGAGCAUAUCGGUCUUCGGGCAGGACUAGUCACUACUGCUUUCUUUAUCCCACAAAUGAUCACCACUAUUCCCUACGGGAUCAUAUCAGACCGAUAUGGUCGCAAGCCAGUACUUCUAGCGGGUCUAAUAGGAAGUGCCGUUUUUCUCGGUCUCUUUGGCCUCUCUCGCUCUCUUCCAUGGGCGAUUGCCAGCCGUGUCUUGUGUGGCUUCUUCAACGGAAACAGCCCAAUCACCCGAACUGUCGCGGGGGAGAUAGCCGACCGUGCUCAUCUCAACCAGGGAAAAGUGUUUGCCAUAUUCGGUCUCACAGGAGCCCUCGGCUAUGUAGUAGGUCCGAUGAUUGGAGGUGCCCUUGCGAAACCAGCAGAGCUAUACGGACUCCGGGGACCUGGAAACAUAUUCGGAAUAUACCCCUACCUCUUGCCUUGCCUCAUCGGUACGCUGAUGAUUCUCACCGUCACGAUAAUCAGUCUGUUUCUUCUCGAAGAAACUAACGACCGUGUACUCCGCAAAGAUCCCGGGGGUGAGACGGCGGACGAAAUCCAACCGUUGCUCCCAUCAUCCAUUGUGAGCGACGGCAAGAGACAUGGGCUACUGAGUCGUUCCAUGAUCGCCAUGAUGGUGAGUAUUUUGUUUAUGUGUCUACAUGCCAUCGCCUUCGACGAAGGUCUUCCUGUAUUCCUAGCUUCGCCAUCUACCACAUCGCCGCCUGUCGGUCUUGGAUUCACUUCAGCCCAGAUCGCAAGAACGCUGUCAUGUAUGAGCCCAGUCCUUCUCUUAACACAAUUUGUUGGGUAUCCGAUGUUGAGUCGCCACUUUCCUCCGCUAAGUUUGUGGCGAUGGUCGGCGUUCAUAUACAUCGUUUUUUAUCCUCUGUUCUCUUUACUUCCCAGGCUUACAGCUCCGUCGGUGGAUCGUCCGGCGCUUUGGGUGGUCUUGAUGUUCAUCAUGACCGGCCGUUUCGCGGCCAAUGUUGUUGCAUAUACUAGCAUGGCUGUCAUGCUGAACCAGAUGUCUCCUCCUGGUAAAAAGGGCACAACGAUGGGCAUGGCUCAAACGGGAAUGUCACUUGGUCGUGCAGUUGGUCCAGCUCUCGGUGGUAUGGUCUGGUCUUGGAGUUUGUCUAAUGGCCUUCCAUUUCCCUUCGACUCCCAUGCCUUGUUCUAUUUCCUGGCUGUACUAGGAUGCUUGCAGGGAAUUUCAUCUCUAUGGAUCACCAAGGUAGCAUCGGCUGGUGCAUCGACUUGAGACUAUUGAGGAUGGUUUAGAAGAUCAAUUGUCAUACAACGUCUAUAAACUGGGUAAAAUUAGAUUAUCAGUAUAUUAUCUAGGAAUUGAAUAUCGCAUG